AUGGAUAGUUUGGAUCUGGAUGAAGCAAGUUUAUUAAACUUGUCUUCUGUCCUUGUUCAUUCAAUGUCGCCGUCAUCGGCAGACAGAAUGCAAGCAAUGGACACCUUGGAAUCAUUAAAAACUGAGAGAGAUAUUUUAAGUUAUCUUUGUUUUCUGUUAACCAAGGGCCACGAAAGUUCAAUAUUAAGAUCUCAGUAUGAUCUGAAUACUCUACAUAACUUAUGUGCAACGGCAGGAAUACUUUUAAAGAAUUUUCUCCCUCGUUCUCACAUAGCCAACUAUGAUUUGACGUAUUUGAAGGUAACAAUCACUGAUGGUUUAUAUUCACCUAUCAAUUUGGUAUCUAAUGUCACUGGUAUUGUUAUAACUAACCUUUUUAGUAAUUACUAUCGACAACACAGAAAUGAUCCAAUGGGAGUAGAGACGCUGUCUAAACUUCUGCAAAUGGCAUCUAAUGGAAACAGUGCUUCAAUGAAAGCGAUUUCUAAGAUAAUGGAAGAUAAUGCACAGUUUUUCCAGUUCCCAUUUGCCGGUGUCGAUAAUAUAUUAGAUGUACUUCUUACCCAUUUUUUGCAGUUCAUGGCGUCACACGAUACAAUAAUAAUUGCAGAAGCAAUUAAAUGUAUGAAUUGUUUUAUUCAGAUGUCUGUCCCAUCUGUUGAUGACAAGAUUGAUGCUUUCCUAGAGAAUUUGAUUAAUCAUGCAACCUCUAAUGAGAAUAAUCAGAUAAGACAACAGAUCUGUAUUGCAUUUACUAGACUAUUGAGCUUCAGGCGAGAUAAGCUAGUUGUCCACCUCAAUGGAAUUGUGCAAUUUGUCUUACACUUAAUGGAAACAAGUGAUGACGAUAGUUUAGGUCUGGAGGCAUGUGAAUUUAUUUUAGCAUUUUGUUCCGAUAAGAAUAUACCAGAAACGUCCAUCCGUAUAUACGUGAAAGAUAUAGUUCCCAUAUUGUUACGGAAGAUGGUUUACGAUGAGGAGAGUCUCCUCAACUUAGAGGUGAGCAAUGACGAUGAUGCUGAUAUUGAAGAUAAGGAUGAAGACAUUAAGCCAGUAUCAUCAAACAUCAAUAGAAAACAUAGUGGAAACAGUGAUGGAGAUACUGAUGAUGGCGAUGAUGACUCAAACGUGGAUCACAACUGGAAUUUAAGAAAAUGUGCUUCUGCCAGUUUAGAUAUGCUAACCAAUCUAUUCCCUGUGGAUGUGACAGAAAUUGCAUUCCCCAUUAUCACUGAACAUCUGACAUCAGAAAACUGGUAUAGUCGUGAAGCAUGCGUUUUGGCACUUGGUGCAAUUGCUGAAGGUGGCAUGAAGUGCUUUGAUCGUCACAUUCCUGCAUUGAUUCCGUUUUUAGUGGAACAACUAAAGGAUACUUGGGCGCCAGUAAGGACUAUUACAUGUUGGACUUUAAGCAGAUUCUCUACAUGGAUUUUGGAAGAUCAUACAGAAUUCUUGCUUCCUGUAUUAGAGCCUAUAUUAGAGGUUUUACUUGAUAAAAAGAAGGCGGUACAAGAAUCGGCAAUAACAGCUGUUGCCGUUUUUAUUGAGAACUGUGAUGCAGAGCUGGUGGAAAUGCUGCUUUAUAACAAAUUGUUGAACAGUUUCAACCAGUGCUUCCAUCUUUAUAAGAAAAAGAACUUAAUCAUAUUAUAUGAUGCUAUUAGCCGACUUGCUGAAAAGGUUGAAAUGGAUGAAGUCGCUUUACAAUCACUAUUUCCUCAUAUGAUUAAUAAAUGGACGUCCUUAAGAGAUACUGAUAAAGAAUUAUGGCCAUUAAUGGAAUGUCUUUCAUACUGUGCGGUCUCACUAGGCGAUAAAUUCACGCCUAUGGCACCCGAGGUAUACGACCGUACCUUUAGGAUUCUUUGUCGCUGUGUUGACUUGGAACUCAAAUCACAAACUGACCCUUCGAUUGAUGUUCCAGAGAAAGACUUCGUCAUUACGUCUCUUGAUUUGAUAGAUGGUAUUUUGCAGGCACUAGGUGGCAAAGCUCUGAUGCUAUUCUUCCCUGAUGAGAAUAUGACAUUUUUCACUUUACUGAAACAUUGUUUGGUGGAUCCAACACAUGAUGUAAGACAAAGCUCUUACGCCUUGAUUGGAGAUAUGUCUGUUACGUUCAAUCAGGAAGUGAUGUCUCCUCUCUUAGCUACCACCUUAAAAUCUAUUGUUCAAGACAUAAUGUAUAACGAUGAUCCUGAAGCUACCUCAUGUGUUAAUAAUGCGGUAUGGUCACUUGGAUUGAUUGCGGAGCGCAAUGAUAUUCGAGAAUAUAUCAUUGACAUAGUUAGGGCGGUGCUGGAUCUCUUCACUUCCACAAAUACCUCACAAAAAUAUGUUUUGGAAAACUUGGCUGUAACGAUUGGACGGCUUGCGAUUUUUCAUGCUGAACAACUGGCUCUAGAACCUUUUACAUCUGAAGAACUAUUAAGGAAAUGGUGCACUAUAGCCAAAGAUUUGCAAGAUACUGAAGAAAAAGUGUCAUGCUAUGGAGGUUUUCUUAAGAUUCUGAAACUAAUGGACUCCUCUAAAAACUUAAGCAGCCGGGCUCUUUAUCAAUUCAUAUGCGGGCUAUCAAAAGGUAUACCUCAUGAUACCCUUAUCUCCUGGCAGCAAGAUUUAUACGUGAUAUUCCUGCGACACCAAGCAGAGCUAGACGUGGUCAUUCCUGGUCUUAAAGAAAGUGAAUACGAAGUGCUUUCUUUUUGCACAAGUUUAUAG